AUGGCCACCAGCCAGCUCACGCAACCUGCGCGACUCAACCCGUGCUCCACCAUCUCUUCCGAGCUCGAACCUUCUCCAGCACUACCCAACGCCGUCCUCAAGCCAUCACUCUCAACCAUUACCAUCUCAGCCCUCAACGACGGGGCUUUGCAAUCGUCUACACACCAAUCGCCCGUUUGCGCCGUUUUCUGCGCCUUAGAUACCAACCAAGCUUGCUUCGCGCCCGUCCGCUGCAGCUCGCCCAUUUUUCGUCUCGCCACGGGGAACGCCUGCUUGCUCGGGCCACACCCACACACACUGACGCUGCCCUGCGCGAGCCUAAAAACAGCCAGGCCCGUAAGCGCGCCCGCCGGCCCGCCCUCGUUCGCCAUCACGAGCGUUGUCUUGUCCAUCAACAGCAAUCCUUCGCCGUUCUCGUCUUGGAGUUUUCUCGCCCGACGGAGCGCCAUGCCUAGCAAGACACCUCACGGCAACGGCAAAAAGCCUGUCCAGAACGGCGUUCGCAAAGAGAGCGAGACAAAGGACGCGAGCAAGUCCAAGACCAAAAAGGCCGCCAAGGACGGCGACGAGGAAAUGACUGUUGUUGCGCCCCCCUCCAAGGUUAAGAAGGCACCCGCCCCCCGCGCUGCCGACGCCGAUGGCGACGUGGCCAUGGGCGAGGAGGAUGUCGUUGAGCAGGUCGACCCUACGGAGCAGACUGUCACAGAUAUCAAGAGCAACUUUGCUCUACUAGACCGCGCUGUCGCCCUCUUCGAUGCCAGAUUCUCCCUCAGAGCUCUUCGAUCCAUCUCGCUGCUCCGAAAACAUUUGAACCCCGACAUCAUUUCUCAGGCCAUUGUCGACACCUUCCCUGCUACCGUCGCUUCCGGAAAUGUCGCCAAGCCCCUGCUCGCUGCCGUGGGCCGCGAGAGCAUCCCUCUCAAGGCCCUCAGCGAGAUGGAUAUUGACUCCGACUCCAAGCCCGCCAAGAAUGGCUCGAAGAAGGAGACAAAGGAAAUUAUUCCCGAGAUUGAUAUCUUCCUCGGUAUUCUUGUCCAGGUCUACCUCUUUGAUGCCAAACAGUACCAGAGGGGCGCGGCCUUUUCCGAGAAGCUCGUUGAACGCGUGCAGUCCCUGAACCGACGCACAUUGGAUUCACUCUCGUCCAAGGUUUACUUUUACUACUCCGUCUUCUGCGAACACAUUGCGCCCUUGCCCCCGUCGCCUGAGUCUCCCAUUGUCGCCAUCCGCCCGACUCUGCUCGCGGCGCUCCGCACCGCUGUCCUGCGCAAGGAUAUCGACACGCAGGCCUCUGUUAUUGUUCUGCUGCUGAGAAACUAUCUCUUGACUUCUCACAUUAAACAGGCUGAUCUGCUGGUCUCGCACACCCAAUUUCCCGAAAAUGCCGUCAACAACCAAGUCGCCCGAUUCCUGUACUACCUUGGUCGCAUCCGCGCCAUCCAGCUACGAUACACCGAGGCCCACGAGCAUCUCACCGCCGCCACCCGCAAGGCGCCAUCCAGCAACUGCGCUGUUGGCUUCUCUCAGACCGCCACCAAACUGCUCAUGGUUGUCGAGCUGCUCAUGGGCGACAUUCCCGACCGUGCCACCUUCCGCCAACCUGCCCUUGAGCAUGCUUUGCACCCGUACUUGCUCCUGGUCCAGGCCGUCCGCGUUGGUAACCUGGAGGAGUUUGAGAUUGCUAUUGCCGAUCACGCUGACACCUUCCGCCGCGACGGCACAUAUUCUCUCAUCUUGCGCUUGAGACAAAAUGUCAUCAAGACUGGUAUCCGUAUGAUGUCGCUGUCUUACUCGCGCAUCUCCUUGCGCGAUAUUUGCAUUCGCCUGCAUCUCGGAAGCGAGGAGAGUGCUGAAUACAUUGUUGCCAAGGCAAUUCGAGAUGGCGUCAUUGAGGCGACUCUGGAUCGGGAACACGGGUUUAUGAAGAGCAAGGAGGUUGGUGAUGUGUACGCGACUAGAGAACCUGGCGAGGCAUUCCACGAUCGUAUCCAGGCAUGCCUUGCACUGCACGACGAGAGCGUCAAGUUCCCCAUGAACCAGCACCGUCUGGAGCUCAAGAAUGCCCAAGAAGCUAGAGAGCGUGAACGCGAAAUCGCCAAGGAGAUACAAGAGGGAGACCUCGAUGACGACGACCUAGGCGGCGAUUUCGACGGAAUGUAG